CAUGAUGUAAUCUAAUGUUGGCCGGAAGUCAUAUGUAUUCUGAGAAUUACUGAGAUUAUGUGCCACUUUGUUGUUGUUUUUAUUUUGACUUUAUCAUCAAUAUGUUUAGAUUAUUCACAUGGAAAACGUGUAGAAGGAAAUCUUGUUACAACAGAGAACUGGCAGUUUCUUACAAGAUUUUGUUUUCUGUCUAAGAAAGGCACGCUUGAAUACUUUUUUGAAUAUCCACAGACUUAUGCCAGACAAGAUUUAUUGCUGUACUUUGAUAACAAAUGGGACGAAGCUUACAAAACUGGAAAGACAUGUCAAGAGCAAGUGUCUUUAUUGAGUUGGGUAGACAACCAGAUUAUACCACUAGACAAUUCUGGUGUUGGGAACUGUACCCCUGUCAAUAAAACUGAUGGUAUGUACUGGAACUGUGUCAGGAAAGUAACAUUCUCAUCGUCAAGAGCAAAAUGGUGGUUUAUAGCUAUGGGAAACUGCAAUUCACAGAAAGGUUUAAAGAUAGUAUACAGUUUGCAUAUGAUGAAUGGAGAGGAUGGGGAAUUGUUGCACCAUGAAAAUUCUGCUGAUCAAUUCUAUAUAUUACCAAUAGUAAUAACCUUUUUCCUGCUUUAUAUGGGAUUAGGAGCUUUAUGUUCUGCAGUGGGAUAUGUGUUAAGUACACAGCAGUUAUUCCAUACAACUUACAAAAUGUAUAUUUUUUGUAUCUACUCAAACUGUUUUGGGUUGUUUUUAUUGGUGAUUGGAUGGGGGAAAUAUGCCAACACGGGAUAUGAAGAAACAGGGACAUGGCUAGCAGGACGUUUGUUCCAAGCAAUGAGUGAUAUAAUGUUUGUGCUGAUGUUGAUACUGAUGGCUAACGGUUAUACAAUAGUUAGAGGAAAGCUCUCCACACCAUUAUACAUUGUCCUUGCAGUAUUCUUUAGUAUAUUCACACUGACAUAUGCAGUUCUGUUUGUGUAUGAGGCAGAGGUGUUUGACCCAGGAGAAGUUUUGUACAUCUACGAGAGUCCAGCUGGUUAUGGACUGAUAGCCCUCCGUCUGGUUGGGUGGACAUUCUUUUGUGUUUCUCUCAUUGUUAACUUAGUAACACAUUCCAGGAAAACCUGGUUCUACAUUCCAUUCUUUAUUUAUUAUACAUUAUGGUUUUGGGCUGGCCCUAUCACCAUACUUAUUGCUAUGUUUGUUAUUAAUUUGUGGGUCAGAGAGCAGACAGUCACUGGUGUUUCAAACUUUGUUACUAUUUGUGGACAUGUAUUUUUCUUGUUGUUAACCAGACCUGGAGCUGCUAACAAAAAUUUCCCUUACCAUAUAAAAACUACACAAAUUGGAAUGAUGGAUGGCACAGAGAAAGAAGCAGAUGCCAAUAGUCCAUAUGAAGUAGGAGAAACUAUGAAUGUUCACGGUCCUGACCUACAGAGUCUCUUUGUGACUGACAGACGGAGUAGUAGGCUAGAUCAAACACUGUUAACAGAUAAACCUCCAAGAGAUAGAAAUGGACAGUUGCCAUCAUUGUCAAAUGGAAAUUCAUCUAAUGGUAGGUUGCCUUCCUUGGAUCAGAGGAGUAAUAAGUUACCUCCCUUAGACAGAAAUGGAGCUUUACCACCAAUAGGAAACCAUGACAAUAUUGAGGCUUCAGCACCUCCGCCAUCAUAUGAAAUGUUUUCAACAGGCAGAUUCAACAAUGAAUAACAAUAAUGUUUAUGGUUGCAUAAUGCAUAAAAAAAUGUAAAAAAAAAAAGAAUACUUGUUUAUUCUUCCACAGAAACAUUUUUUUAAAGUUUCAAAGGGCACUAGUGUAUUUACCCAAAAUUUGUUUUAAGAAGUUGAUAUUAUUUAAAUAAAGAGUUGAUUAUCCAUGAAAAAUAGAUAAGAAAAUAGAAUACUCCUUCAUUCUUCCACACAAGCAAGUUUUUUAAUGUUUUGAAGAUCAUUGCUUGAUAAAUUACAUUUUUUUUUUUAAGUUUUUAAGUUUUGAAGAGCAUUAUUUUCUAUGUACAGGUUGAACUAAUCUCCUUUGUAUUUUUUUUUAUUAAAAUAAAACCAAACCCAUUUGUAACAUGUUGUAAAACACCUUAUUGAAGACAAAGUUUUAUAGAUAUGAUUUAAAAAAAGUGUAAAUAAUGUUUGUAAUUUGUUGAAGUUUACAUUAUUUAUAUCAGUUUAUAAUAUUUGUUAAAUUGCCUCUUGUGAGGUUGUUGUAAUUUUGUAUUGCAUUUUAUGAAUAAUAUACUGUUUUCAAUGUUUUAUGUAAUUUACUUUUUAUAACUGUCUUGUCUACAAUAUUGACAGAUCCCCUACAGUACACAACAUGUUUGGUCGCUUUCUUUGUAUAGACAGGGACCAAGUUUGUCCUACCCAAGAAAUAAUGUUUCCUUUUCAAACGAAUCUUGUUGGCUAUCUAAAUACCCUUUUAAUAGAGAAAAAUAUAUUGUUAAUCUGAAGAUAGAAAAUGUGAUGUAUUAGAACACAGACACAAUAAGAUUACUGUAAAUUAAGAAAUUAUUGCCAUGUUUUUAUUAUUGGGAAAAAUGCGACCGGAUAAUAAUCACUAUAAUAAAAAACGCAUUUUGUUAUAAUUUUUUGAAUUAAACAGUCUUUUUCUCAAUAUCGCAAAAAUUAAAAUCGCAUUUGAGUCCAAAAAGACAAAAUCUCAAUGAUAAAUGCACACAAUAAUUUCUGAAUUUACAGUAAUAGGAUAGUUCCAUUAAAGGAAAAGGGGUGACCAAAUAUUGAGGCAGUUUUCUCUUUGAUAUUCACUGUAAAAUAUUUGACAACCAUCCAUUUAUAAGUGCCUUCCCUGUGUCCCAUAUAUGUUUUUGCAAAACAGCCCUUAAUGGUAUCUGUUUAUGAUUGACAUAUGAAAUGCCUAUCUAUAUGUAUGUAUAUCAUAACAUUCCAUCAACAUUAACAUUGUUCAUUUUACUUUUUCAUACAAUUAUUUUAUUUAUAUAUGAAUAUAUAGUUUGGUCAUAAUUACAUUUGUUCUAGAGAUUUUGAUUUUCAACUUAAAGCAUAAUGUCAAAAAAUUGAUAAAUUCAAUAAACAAAUGUUUAUAAAUAGUAUUGUAAGCUCAAAAUAACCCAAUUUCAGGCAAGUAGGGAUAAGAGGGAAAAUUUUGACUGUUGAUUCAUCCAUACCUAGCCUGUGACUUUGUUAUUGCAGAUUGGAGGAUCUUUGAAAAUGAUACAUAAAAAAUUUUGACCUAAAAACCAGGACUUUUUACGGCCUAAGUUGUGUACUUCUUUAAUGUUAUGUUUUAUAAAAUAGCGAAAGUUGCUAUUGAAUAAUCAGUUCUUUAAUUGUAUGAAUUCUGUGUGUUUUGGUCAUUCUGUACCGCCUAUAGGUAGGGGGCACUAAUUUUAUGAUCUGCACACCUGUGUGCUAGUCCAUCAGCCUUUAUACCAUAUAUAUCAGGUUAAAAUAUAAGUGUGAGUUAGUUUUACAUAAAGAAGUAAUCACUGGAAACUUUGUACACAUGAUCAUUUUUAUGUUUUUGAAAUAUGAACAUCCGAAUGAAGCUUAAACCCCUGUUUACACAACAUAAAAAUGUUAGUGUUUGCACAGCUUGUGGUUCUAUACAUUACAUAUGGUAUUUUUAUUCUUUUGACAAAUUUACUUUGAGCCCUGAAAAACUCAUAUUUAAACUGUUGUGCAUUUUGAGAUAACAAGACAAUCAUUGUGGCGUGAAAUAUUCUUUAGUCCUUGCUUUCGUUGUAGAUUUCCAUAUGUAGUUAAGGUGGUACCCAACACUUUCACUAAAAUUAAUUUGGCUCGUUUAAUUUUCAUAAAAUUUUGUCAAAGUAUUUACUUUGACCCUUUAACAAAAAUAUUAAAAUAUAAAAAAAUUUGAACCAACCGUUUUGUCAGAAAAAUUACACUGGUUAUAUAGCAGUUUGACAAAAACUUAUUUUGAUCAUUGAGAAGCUUAAUAUUCCCUUAACAACAUAAUGUCAUUAAAAACGUUAAGCUGAUUUUACAGAGUUAUCUCCCUGUAGUGUUAGGUACCACCUUUAGGAAGCUUUUCUAAACUUCUCCAAAACUUUUGCUCAGUGGAAAGGUUAUUUAUAUUUCAGUUUUUUUUUAGACCUUCUGUUUUAUAUAAGCCUGACAUAUUACAUUUUGAAUUUAUACAUUUUUAUUUUUAUCCGUCCCUAGAUUAAAUUACUUCCGUCCAAAUAUUGUAAUUGUGUCUUUUUGCUAUUCCAUUUAAAAUGUUUACCAUAUUUUAAAUGUGAUUGAAAAAUAUGAUAAAAACCAGGUGAUAUUUUAUAUUUUUUAAACCCUUUAUAACUAUUUUAUUUUAAUGUUUUGUUAAUCUGGUUUUAUUUUUUUAUCCCGUCCGUAUAUAAAAAUAGUUCCGUCCAAAGAUUUUAGUAGGAGUCUUUUUGCUUUAUUAUUUAUACCAUGUGAACGGAUAAUAUUAAAACAAAUGGAGGUAUUUUACAUAAUUAAAACCUAUUAUAACUUAUUUAUAAGCGGGUAUUGUGGUCAAACUGGUAGUGCUUUAAUACUUUCAUCAUGUGACAUAGAAUCUCAACUUAAUACAUUGAUUUUAUUAGAAGGAUAUGGGGUAGCUACUAUGUAUAUAUAAUAUAUAUUACAUGAAAGUUGUAAAAAAAAGUUGAACCUAUUUGACGUAAUUAUGUUUCUCUUGAGAAUUUGAACGAGAUGAAUCUAUUUAUGAUAGAUUUAUAUAAGAAUGGCUGUCAGUACAAAAAGGUUUUGAUUAUUAUUUAGUUAAAAAUGGUACUGUAUUAUGAUUAUCAAGCAUACUGUAGAUUCAUUAUUAUUUGUUGGAUACCAAUUUUGUGGUUGUAAUAAAAAAAAACACAAAUUUAAAUGUUCAACAAUGUAUCAAUUUUUCUGUAUAAAUGUGUGCAGACCUUGCAAAGCCUUGAAAUAUCAUAUACACAAAAAAGCAAUAUUUACAAAAUUUACACAAAAUUGGUACCUAGAAAAUAAAAGAAUCUACAGUGCUUGAUCAGAAUACUUUAAUAGAGGCUUCGUCAUUCUAAAAAAACUAAAUGAUAAUCUUGUCAACCAUGAGUGUUUGACAAAAUGGAUUAUAAUGUCAUAACUUUUCUCUCACAAGAUUAAUGUCUUAUUACAAGAAUAUACCUAUAAACCAAAAAUAUUUUUUGAAAAAAAAAUUGAAACUGCUACAAAUAUUCUAUCAGGAGGAUUUUCUCCAUUGAUAACCUUAUUUGAUUCAAUGUUUUAAAGUUAUAAUUUUUUUUCUCCAUAUCCAUGUAAACAAAAUUGUUAGUUAAUCAUAAAUCUUAUGUUUAAUUGUACAUCACAACCAUCUUAUAAACGACACACAUUGUGUUGAAACAUUUUGUAUACAUAGUAUGAACUACUAGUAUUCAAUAAUCAGCAUAUAAAAUGUAGUUUGGAUUCCAAGUUAAUUACAAAUUUGUAUUACUUGGAAUGAAAUCAAAUGGAAGUUGGACAGUUGAUCCUUUCCAUGGAUUGGUACAAACAUCUGCUUAAUAUUUUAAGUUAUCUAUUUAGUUACUGGUCAAAAUAAAAAGAUAAAGUAGACAACUGGUAUUUGGUUAAUAAACUGUGGUCUUAGCAUUCAUGACUGUCAGUUACAAACAAAAUGUUAUGUAAAUCAUUCCAGGUUUAUGCAUUUACCUUCAUUCAUCAUAAUUUUAAUCACAGGGCUUUAUUUUUUUACUUUAACCAUAUUUUUCAAUGUCAGUAAAAUCUCAUUUUCUCCACAAGUGAAUUCAGUGCCUUUAGUAAGUCUGGGGAAAUAUCUUUUUAUGUUUUUACUGUGACAAUCUUAUUUCGAUAUUGAGAUUGUGUGUGUACAGUGUAAACAGGAUUUAACAUUUUAAAAAAUAAAUCUGACCAAUUUUAUUAAGUUAAGAUUCCUACUUCACCUGUAAAAAUAAUUUAAAAUGGUACUGAUGCAAGAUAUUACCUGUUUUUGGACAUAUUUACAAAAAUCAUGUUGGUUUAACAAAAUACAAGUUUUCUGUACUCUAGUAUUUUUGCAAGAUUUAUAAAAAAAAAACAACAACACUCAAUUUCAAAUAAAUUACCAUUUUUCCUCAAUCAACAACAUUUGAACCCAAUUAAAUAAAUGAGUACAGUGUAAGUUGUAAAUCCCCUGUUACAUUUUCUAUGAAAUCUUUUGAAGAAUUGUCUUCUCUUGCAAGUUACACUUCUCAUAUUCUGAUGUUCUAGUAUAGCACUAUUAUUUUAGUUUUAGUCAGUUAAGAUAUUGAAGUAUCUCAAUAAAAUGUACUUAAACCAAAUGUAAAAGUGUCUCUGAAUUAUUGAUUUGUUAAACAUAUAAUCAGAAUUAAAAUGUUUUUUUAUUUUAUUUCAUGCUAAAAUAUAAAUCAUGUUUGUUAUGUAAUUCACAUUGUUAUUUGAUAAUAAAAAUUGAACCAUUUACUUUAUUUCAUAUCAGAA